AUGUGGAACGUACCUUCUGAAAAUAUGUGUAUUGAUGAAUCUGUAAUUCCUUUCGUUGGACGAUUAUCAUUUCGUCAAUUUAUAAAAAAUAAACGACAUCGAUACGGAAUAAAAGUAUUUAAAUUGUGUAUUAAUGAUGGCUAUACAAUCGGCUUUAAAAUUUAUGCGGCCCAAGAGUCAGUACCUGGUGUAGGUGUUUCCACUAAAAUAGUAAUGGAGUUGGCCGAGGACUAUUUAGAUAAAGGGAGAACAAUGUAUACUGAUAACUGGUACACGUCAGUAACUCUUGCUAAUCAACUUCUUAAUCGAUCAACGAAUUUGGUGGGGACAUUACGUUCAAAUAGAAAAUUUAAUCCAGUAUCGGUUGUAAAAGCAAAAUUAAAAAAAGGAGAAAUUAUGUCAAGUCAAAGUCAAAAUAAUAUAGUUGUUCUUAAAUGGAAAGAUAAGCGGGACGUAUUAAUGCUAUCAACCAAACAUAAAAAUAAUACGGUAGUAGUGAAUAAUAAACGAGGAAAACAAGUUGUAAAACCUCAAAUGGUGAUUGAUUAUAACAAAGCAAAAGGGUAUGUUGAUAUUUGUGAUUUAAGAAGCUCAUAUCAUUCACCACUUCGGAGAUCAUUGAAAUGGUAUCGAAAAGUCAUGUUUGAAAUCUUAUUGAAUACGUGUUUAUUAAAUGCGAUGUCUUUGUAUACUGCUGUAACUUCAAAAAAAAUUAGUGUAACUCAAUUUCGUGAAAGUAUAAUUCAUAGUUUGAUUAAAAAAAUCGAAGUUCAACCAAGUGAAGAGAAACAUAUUCUUAUCAAUGCGCAACGAGGGAAAUGUUAUAUCUGUUACAAAGAAAUGGCUGAACAAGGUGGGAGACAACAUGCUCAAAAGAUUACACGUAGAGUUCAGACUAAAUGUACCAAGUGUUUAAAAUAUUUUUGUCUAGAAUGUUUUUUUAAGACCCAUUCAUGUAAAUUAUUGUAA